AUGUCAUCCUCCGCGAAUCUGAUCGCGCAAAACACCGCCCUCCCCUCUUGUGGCCUCCAUGCGCACAUGUCGAUGAAAUUCGGGCUUGCCCCGGUCGCCGUGCCCACGCGGGCCACCCAGCCCUUCCGCUGGGUGUCUGGCUGUCGCUCUUUACACAUCGACGCCCGGUCUCUUCGGCGAGCUCUACCUGUCGCACGGAGAGAGCAUCGUCGCCAAAUUUCGUCGAACACGGGCGCUCAAGCUUUCGCAUACACGUGGCUGACGCAGACCCCUGAAAGUAUAACUCCCGAAGAUAUCUUAUCUGUAUCUAGCCUACCUUUACCUCCCAAAUCGCUCGCGAGCCCGGUAGCUAUUCCCGUCCUUCUGGCAACCCCUGCAUUCGCGCAGUGGAUCAACACCGAGAAUGAGUUCCUCGAAAAAUGGGUCAAUCACUUAUAUCGUGACUCCGACGUGGUAGACUCUUCCGGCUCCGUCGACACGGUUGUUGCGCUGGUCGAUAAACUUCCCCGACCCUUACCGCGUACCGGAGGAACCAGGGGAAACGACCAUGUCGAAAAGGUGACGGAGAGCGAGGGAAUGUCCGUUGUUUUUGUGAAGCCAGAACAGAUCCAAGGGAAAGCAGCUCCGCCCCGUCGGCUGAGGACUAUGGAAGCCGAUGAGUCUGCCCUCGUGUUUUCAAUCCAACAAACGGAGCCCUCUGUUCCUGAGAGAGUGGUCCAUGAAGUCGGACUACGUCUGGCUAAUACGAUAUUCGUCAACGGCAAAGAGAAUACGCUGUUCGGGGCACGCUGGGCCUACAACCCGGAAGCGGGCAAGUUUGUAUUGGGCCAGUCUAUCGACUUGUCGAGCUGCGUUGUUACAUCGACGGCGAAUGCCAUCCAGAGCUCUACGGUACUUCCGUUGCAUCCCGUGGGUCAGCGGAGAAGGGUGAUAUCCAGCAUGGGUAAUAUUCUCCGUCAGAUAUCGAAGCACACCGACAGCCAAUCGACCACUCCGAUGCCCGCGUCGUCUGAACUGGAGACAGAGCUUCCUCGCUACAUUGCGGAAAACAAUAUCCUCGACCAGAGAGUCUCUGUCUGGGCCCUGGUCGAGGCUCCUGGUGGGGAUUCGCCUACCCCGGAUGGAUCCCAGGAGCCCCUCACCCGGGCUAUCCGGACGGGCGGUAAACUUCACCGUGUCAUGAGCGGAGGAGGCGGGUGGGGAAAGAAACAGGGCCUUCUGUCACUUGACUAUGAGACUAGCUUUUUGGACUCGAGUGAGACGCGUGGGCUCUGCACGAUCGAUCGUGUGUUUUCCGGCGAUAGCCUGGCAUCCGAGAUAGAACUGCCGUCGUUCGGUCAAGGUGCCAUGAUCGAUGAUCUAUCCGAGCUUUCCCAGGUCGCCAAGGCUGGGGAUUAUAUCCAGUUUUUCGUCUCUGUGGACGCCGAUCAUUCGCAGGGCGGCUUAGACACGGCGACGUCUCAAGAUGCUGUUUCGUAUCAGUUCGGUGUUGUGUCCGACAGUGAAGAUCCAGCCGUGCAGGCUGGCGGUGAACUGCCAAAAGACUUGACACUCAUCCCUCAGCAAUUUGGCGCGCUGUCUGAGAAGGCAAUCACCUAUCUCCAGCCUGUUGUUCGGGCCGAGCUAUGUCAGAGCGAGGAGGGACUGGGAGGAGUAGAGGAGUCUCGGACGAAGUUGGAUAUUCCGGGGACUCGUCCCUUCUUUGGCGCGCUGGGUUGCACCUCCGCUAUCGUGUUCACCUGCUUCGGUGCCGCCUAUGGAACCGCUAAGGCCGGUGUCGGUGUCUGCGGCAUGGCUGUCCUGCGGCCCGACCUGAUCGUCAAGAACAUCGUCCCCAUUGUCAUGGCGGGUAUCAUCGGUAUCUACGGGCUGGUCGUGUCGGUCCUGAUCGCGAACGACCUGAACCAGAAGGUCCCGUUGUACACUGGUUUCAUCCAGCUUGGAGCUGGUCUUGCCGUCGGUCUGGCUGGUCUGGCCGCUGGCUUUGCCAUCGGUAUCGUCGGUGACGCUGGUGUCCGUGGAACUGCCCAGCAACCCAGACUCUACGUCGGCAUGAUUCUGAUUCUCAUUUUCGCUGAAGUCUUGGGUCUGUACGGUCUCAUCGUUGCCCUGCUCAUGAACUCUCGCUCGAGCAUCGACGUCUCCUGCUAA